ACAUUUGAAUGAUCUGCAAAAACACCCAUCACCAUCAAACUGGAAGGAGCUUGCAAAAGUUACCCUCACACAAGUUGUACUGUUUAACCGGCGGAGAGGAGGGGAAGUGUCCAGGAUGCUUCUGUCUGCGUAUCUAUCAAAGGACACAUCAGACACACAUGGUGACGUUAGCUUGGCCCUUACACCGCUUGAACAGAAGCUGUGCAAACAUUUUGUAAGGAUUACAAUUGUAGGAAAGAGAGGAAGAAAGGUUCCAGUUCUUUUAACCCCAAUCAUGAGAGAGUCACUUGAUGCUCUGACUGAGAAGAGAGAAGAAUGUGGAGUGCUGUCUGAAAAUGGAUAUCUGUUUGCAUUACCUCACUCUGUCCAUUACAUAAGGGCUUGUGACUGCAUAAGGCAGUUUGUGAAAGAAUGUGAUCACCUUGAAAAUCCUAAAGCCUUAACAUCAACAAGACUGAGGAAACAUAUCGCCACCCUCUCUACUGUAUUGAACCUUAAGACCACAGAACUCGAUCAGUUGGCAGACUUCCUUGGCCAUAAUAUUGCUGUGCACCGAAAGCACUACCGCCUUCCGGAGGGCACCCUCCAGUUGGCCAAAAUCAGCAAAGUGCUUCUGGCAAUGGAACAGGGACGCCUAGGAGAAUACAAAGGAAAGAGCCUGGAUGAAAUUCAAGUUGACGUGAAUGAGACCAUUGGCAUAGAGGGGCCUUCAGAAGAGGACAUUGAAGGAGAACAGGGGUCAGAAGAUGAGGAGAGCAUGUCAUCCCUGAACAUCUGUACCUCAACAUCACAAGUCCAAAACCAGGGAGUGUCUCCAACGGAUGUCACUAUGCCAGGACAACAGGGGUCAGAAGAUGAGGUCAGCACGUCAUCCCUGCAAGAAUGUACCUCCACAUCGCAAGUCCAAAACCAUAGUGUGUCUGCAAGAAAGAGAGGUAAGCAAGCUCCUGUGAGACGUUGGACACCAGAGGAAAUUGCUGCAGUAGAAAAACAUCUGAAGAAGUUCAUUGUGAGGCAAGAUGUUCCAGGUAAAGCGGACUGUGAGCGCUGCAUUGCUUCAGAACCGCAAGCGCUACAAAAUAGAGACUGGAAAGCAGUCAAAUAUUUCAUCAAAAAUAGAAUAACUACCAUGAGAAGAAAAUUAUAAUGAAAGCAGUUCAACGAUCAGAGGUAUGGACACACAUUUUCAGUUUGGGUCCUAUACUUUGUUUAAAUGUUUUGAAAUGUACUGUAGUUUAAAGUAGCUGCUGUGGUUUUAGCAGUCAACAACACAUUAAACAAGUACAUGUUUGGCAAAGUCAAAUGUUUGAUUAUCUGGUUAACUUUGCAGUAAUGAUUGUUUUGUUUUCCUGUAAUCAUUAGUUGCAGCAUUAGAGUCUCAAUUUUGUCUCAAGCAUGUUUUAUGUUUUUUGUGAAACAAUACACGGGCAGAUGUGUACACAAAUUAUUCAUAUUUGAUACACUGACCUUUGUGGUCCACAUUAUUUAUUGGUACAGCAAACCUGCAUUCAUUCCAUGCU